CGUGGUCGGCGCCGGCCAGGCCCAGCCCCCCGCCAAUGGCCUGCUGCGCCGGCGCCGGGUUCUCCAGGUCCAGCCUUCCCUCGCCAGCACAGGGCUGUGCGCAUGCGCCUGGAAAGGCGAGUGGGGAGAUAUGGAGAACUGUUUGGCGGCCGCGGCGCUGAACGGGGUGGACCGACGUGCCCUGCAGCGCACGGCUAGGCUGGGUCAAGAAGUGCUGGAGCGGGCCAAGAGGAGGGCGGUGGACUGGCAUUCGCGGGAGCUCCCCCAAAGCAGCGUGGGGGUCACUUCCCGGGAACAGCCUGACCGAGAAAGACGACCAGCAGCCGGCCCCCAGCGCCUUCUCCCGGGAGAGAGAGAAGAAAGACAGCCAACCCUCAGUGCUUCCUUCAGAACAAUGGCAGAAUUCAUGGACUAUACUUCAAGUCAGUGUGGGAAAUAUUAUUCAUCUGUACUGGAGGAUGGAGGGGCAGCCCACGUCUCUCGUUACCACAGAAGGAAGUCGGAACUGCAUUUGUGCUGUGACAGGAGGAAUGGUCAGAGAAAAGACACCUCUCUUGGUCUUGGAGUCAUCUCUCACGCAUCAGAGUGUGCUCUAGAGGCCUCUCAGCAGCCUGCUGAAAACAUCUCUAAGGACCUCUACAUAGAAGUAUAUCCAGGGACCUAUUCCGUCACUGUGGGUGCAAAUGAUUUAACCAAGACUCACGUGGUAGCAGUGGACUCAGGACAAAGUGUGGACUUGGUCUUCGCCGUAUGAUGUUGACCAUCACGGCCAUCGCAUCACCUUUUCUUAAGUAGCAAGAAGAAUAAAGUCACCAUAUGAUUCUCUUAAUAUUUACACAUUACUCCUGCUUUCACUGCUGACUGUAGAGGGUCAGUCUUCCUGGGAACUGGAGUUUGUCUCUUUCAGUGCCUAUUUUAACUUAAAAUUCUGGAAGUGCCUGCCCCCUCCCCCCCACCCCCCUGGCUGAAAAUAAUAAUGUAAUGAUGCUAUCUGAAUGGUUUUUAACUGCUUACUUUCCAGGUAAAGGCUAAUUAUAAUAAAGGGAGAUGAUUUGGAAAUGAAGAGAAUUCCUUUUUAUUGGUAUUAAGAGGUGAAACAGUGUCGCUCACGCACAGCUGGAGGCUUAUGAAACGAUGGCAGAGAGGCUGUGGACACAUUUGCCCAAAGCAGGCCAAUCACCCCCUGCAGCUUCUGUGGAGGAGGCAUCCUCGAGCAAUCUCCCCAGGCCCCCGUCAGGGAGCCCUGGCCGUGGCCACCAGACUCCUGUGCCCCUUGUGGCAGGUGCCUUCCUGCCGCUCAUCUGCCAGGAAGUCUUAACGGGUGAAGAUGCUGCUGCUUAUUCGACUGUCACCUGAGGCCUGCACUCUGUCUCCGUCCAUUGAAGAAGGACUUAACCACUUUGUAAUGCCUCCUCAGGUAUUUACCACCACUACUCUUUUAGCUUCCUAUUAAAAAAAAAAAAAUCCUGAGAGUCUUAUGCUGACUAUAAUUAUAAGGCUCAAAAGUCACAGAUUUUAUUUAUUUAUGUGCACUGGGGAGGGGCAGAGAGGGAGAGAGAGAAUCCCAAGCAGGCUCCAUGCUAUCAGCACAGAGCCUGACACAGGGCCCGACCUAAGGCUCAAUCCCACAAACCGUGAGAUCAUGAUCUGAGCUGAAGUCAGGAGUUGGACACUUAACUGACUGAGCCACCCAGGCGCCCCAAAAGUCACCGGUUUUCAAAAGUCCUUGAUGUGCCCUAAACUUCUUUAAGGUACCGUGUCAACAGUAUUGCAUCUGUCUGUUUGGUUGCCUGGUAAUUCAUCUCAUUCUGAAUGUAACAAGUCUUUCCUCAGGAUGAAUGCCAAUAUUUUAUAUGAUGAAAACUAAGUUUUAUGUAGAGCUAUAUUAGCAUUCCUAGGGAGGAACAGACUCCCAUGGACAGAGGCCUGAUAAAGCAGACCCAUGCCCAUCACCCUAGGGUAAAGUGUCAUUUCAGUGGGAUCCUGGCCUCCCCAAGGAGACUGUGAUCAGCCUUGCGGGUUCUGUAAGCCUUCUGAAACUGAAUGCAAAAUCGUGGGUCUGUGCGUUUUCCUGGGAAGAGAGCAUGGGAUUUUUCGUUCUCAAAAGGAGCAUGAAGAACCACGCAAGGAGUCCUUGAGAAGCCCCUUCCCGACCAUCCUGCUUUACCUGGCUCCUCAGGGCGUUCGUUCUGAGGGCCAUUCCUUUCCCUCCCGUGUGUCACUGUACCCUGGCUCCAUUUUCUGUGUUCAGCUUCCUCUGCUCUGUGGCCGCUUCAUGCCGCUUGCUUCCAGAACCAGCUCCUUGGUUCUCCCCACCACUACAGUUCGUACCCUCUGUUGUUUGCCGCCCCUCUCUUUCCAGAUGAUGCCACGUCUUGUUCCUAAACCCCAAAUUUAUUACUUAUGUUGUGUGUGCCACCAUGGGAUGAGUCUUGAUGACUGAAAUAGAACCACAUCACGGAUCCCAGAAUCUCUGAACUAUCUGUAAGUGUCUGGCACUGCUGUUUGUAAAGAGAAAUAAAGUCUGGUAGUUAUUUCUGGCCA